AUGAGCCCAAAGUACGACGCCGCGAAGAUCGAGAACCUCAGCGACGCUGACAAGCUCCGUCUCAUUUCCGCGUACCUCAACCAUAACGAGCCGAACAACGUCGACUGGGAUACCGCGGCUGUCCAGGGCGGCUCCAAAUCCAAGGACUCGUACAAGAAGAUGUUGCAGUCGGCUCUCAAGAAGCUGGCUCCCGACACCACUGCUGACGGCGAAGAUGGCGUCCCAGCUCCCGCGCCCGCUCCUGCUCCUGCUAUGAAGCGUGGCCGCAAGCGCGCCACGCCUGCCAACGAGGGCGAAGAUGGUGACGGCAACAUCGAGAACAAGACGAAGAAGCCUCGCAAGCCGCGUGGCAAGAAGGGCGUGAAGACGGAGGAUGGCGAGGAGGCCGAGUCGGUGGUCUGA